GAUUUACGAUUCGAACCUACGACCAGAACGGCUCAGUGCUUGUGACCUACAAUGACUCUCACAGACAUCCACAGCCAAGUUAUGACGUCACCUUGAUCUCAUUAGAAAAUGUGGCCAAGUUGGAGCUCACUUCCAACAGCAUUUACCCGAACAGACCCAACGGCUUACAUUUUUGUGAGAUCGAAAUUUUCGGGG